UUGAGCUUUGAUUUCGAUAGAUGAAUGGCGCGUUGCAAUGGGAAGGUUUGGAUUCUCUUCUCGUUCUUAUGUUCACGCUGCAUCAGGCAAAUUAUCUGUUCUAUUCGAACCCCUUUCACCAUUACUGGGGAACAGUGUGAAGCCUAUAACGAUCAGAGAGUGCAAACAAAUCCACGCAAAGCUCAUAGUCUCACAAUGCGUUUCAGAAAUCCAUUUAACAAACACCCUUUUAGGCUUGAGCUUCAAGUGUGGUGCGUUCGAUCACGCCCACCAAUUAUUCGACCAAAUGCCUCACAAGAAUGUUGUCACCUGGACAACCUUAAUUUCUGCUCAUGUUGGAACUGGGUCUUUUAGAAGAGCGUUGAGCAUGUUCAACGAAAUGCGUGCUAUGGGAGAGAAGCCAAAUGAGCACACGUUCUCUACUUUGCUUCGGGCUUGUGCCAAUCCCACUUUGAGGAAUUUGGGUUUGCAAAUUCAUGGCAUGGUGAUUCAUUUUGGACUUGAGGGGCAUAAAUUUGCUGGGAGCUCUCUUGUAAAUAUGUAUUUUAACACUGGCGGUAUGCUCAAUGAUGCCUGCCUUGCUUUUAACGAUUUGUCAGAGAGAGAUCGCAUUACAUGGAAUGUUAUGAUUUCUGGGUUUGCUCAAUUAGGUGACUUUAUUGAGGUUCAGAGACUGUUUUCUGAGAUGCAGGAGGUGGAUGGCUUGAAGCCCGAUGAUGGUACAAUCACGAGCCUCCUCAAGUGUUGUUCUUCAUUAGAUGAAGUAAAGCAAAUUCAUGGGCUUGCCUUCAAGUAUGGGUUCGAAGUUGAUGUGUUGGUGGGUAGUGUUUUGGUAGACUUGUAUGCCAAAUGUGGGGAUAUCAUUUCUUGCAGGCACAUAUAUGAUUCCAUGGAGGAGAAAGACACUUUUGUGUGGAGUUCGAUCAUUUCGGGCUAUGCCAAAAACAAUAGAGGAGAUGAAGCUGUUCAUUUUUUCAUAGAUAUGUGUAGAAAGGGGACGAAACCUAACGAACAUGUAUUAUCAAGUACCAUAAAGGCUUGCGCUGAGAUCAAGGACUUGAAGACAGGAACUCAAGUUCAUACCCACAUGAUAAAAAACGGAUAUCAAUACGAAUGUUUUGUGGCAAGUGUUCUAUUGUCUCUCUACGCCAAUUUUGGCGAACUAGAAGAUGUGGAAAAGCUGUUCAGAAGGAUUGAUGAUAGAGAUAUUGUGGCAUGGAACUCUAUGCUCUUGGCUUAUGCUCAACUGGAGCAGGGAUCUACUAGUUGCAUGCAACUAUUUCAAGAACUUCACCGAUCAACAUUUCUGCAUAUUGAGGGAACCACUAUUGUGGCCGUUUUGAAGUCUUGUCAGAGCAGUUCAGAUUUGCUUGCAGGCAGACUAAUUCAUUCUCUCAUACUGAAAUCUAAUGCAAGCCAUCAUAUUGUGGUAGCGAAUGCUGUAAUUUCCAUGUACUCAGAGUGCGGAGAAAUUGAUGAUGCUUAUAAAGCCUUUGUUGACAUUGUUGGGAAAGACGCUAGUUCAUGGAGUUCGAUUAUUGGAGCUUAUCAACAAAAUGGGAAAGAGUUAGAAGCUUUAGCGCUUUGCAAAAUGAUGUUGGCCGUUGGGAUCUCCUUCACCAGUUAUAGCCUUCCAUUAUGUAUUGCAGCUUGCUCGCAGCGUUCAGCUGUGGAUGCAGGUAAACAAUUCCAUGGCUUUGUCGUCAAGUCUGGUUUCACCAAUGAUCUGUAUGUGGGGAGUUCAAUCAUAGAUAUGUAUGCCAAAUGUGGAAACAUGCAAGAGUCAGAGAAAGUUUUUGAUGAACAACCAAAGCCAAACGAAGUACUGUACAAUGCCAUGAUCUGUGGAUAUGCACAUCAUGGAAAAGCUCAGAAAGCUAUGGAAUUAUUUGGUAAAAUGGAAAAGGUCUGUUUGAUUCCUAAUCGGGUGACUUUCUUAGCAGUUCUAUCAGCUUGUAGCCAUGUUGGUUACUUGGAUGAAAGCUUGUUUUUCUUCACAUUGAUGAUUAACCAAUACAAGAUAAAGCCGGAAUCUAUGCAUUAUUCAUGUCUGGUUGAUGCUUAUGGUCGAGCUGGAAGGUUUGAGGAAGCUUGCCAAAUAGUGGAAAAGGACGGAAGUGAACCAGCAUGGAGAACGUUACUGAGUGCUUGUAACACUUAUGGUGACACUGAAAUUGCAGAAAAAUCUGCAACGAAACUGGUAGAGUUGAAUCCCCAUGAUCAUGCUUCGUAUGUUCUUCUUUCAAAUAUUUACACUAGAGAGGGAAAAUGGGAAGAAGCUCUCAAGUGGAGGGCGGAAAUGGCUAAGGUUUGUGUGAAGAAAGAUGCAGGAACCAGUUGGUUGAUAUGAAGAUCACAGAAAUCUAGCAUACAAGCUUGUAAUGGUUGAGAUCUUCAUGGGAUGACUUCUUGUUCGUGUGGGGAUGGACUGUUUAGAUUGACGAUUUUUUCCUUGCACCAGAAUUUUAGGAAUCUAACGUUAGGCAUUUGAUUCAUUCAUAUAGUAUGUUUCUACUAAGGAUUAAAGUUGUGGAAAAUUAUCCUUAGGUGCUAAU